CGAGGGGGCGAGGGGACCUGGGAAGAGAGGCUGUCCACACGAUUCCACCGAGGCUUCCACGAUGAUGCUUAGCCCGGACCAAGCGGCCGACUCGGACCAGCCCUCGUCGGCGCCCUCGGACCCGGAGUCGCUGGGCGGCGCGGACGGGCGCGCGCUCGGCUGCUGCGCCUCGGACGCGGAGCCCGCCGAGGGCGGCGGCGGCGGCGGAGAGCGCGAGGAGAAGCGGCGGCGGCGCCGCGCCACGGCCAAGUACCGCUCGGCGCACGCCACGCGCGAGCGCAUCCGCGUGGAGGCCUUCAACCUGGCCUUCGCCGAGCUGCGCAAGCUGCUGCCCACGCUGCCGCCCGACAAGAAGCUCUCCAAGAUCGAGAUCCUGCGCCUCGCCAUCUGCUACAUCUCCUAUCUCAACCACGUGCUGGACGUGUAG